GGAGAGGCGUGGUCUCCCCGCUGGGCUGGCUUCGUCACACACAGGCCCCGCCCCAUCGGCAGCUGCCUGCGCGCGCCAAAAUCAAACUCCGAAGCCUUCCGACCGCUUAACUAAAGAUCCGUCGGAGUGCAUUCCGCAGGACAGCUCAGGUCCAGCGGGCGCGGACCGUAGCGCGCGCGCACCCGUGGCCACCUGCCUGCCCAACGCGCUCGAGGACGCUACGAAAAGACGGAAUGGCCACCCCGCCCAAGAGAAGUUGUCCGUCUUCUGCGACCAUCUCCGAAGAGACCCGCAUUAAGAAAAUCUCCAUCGAAGGGAACAUAGCUGCAGGGAAGUCAACGUUUGUGAAUAUCCUCAAACAAGUCUGUGAGGAUUGGGAAGUGGUUCCUGAACCUGUUGCCAGAUGGUGCAAUGUUCAUAGUACUCAAGAUGAAUUUGAGGAGCUGACAACCUCUCAGAAAAGUGGUGGGAAUGUGCUUCAGAUGAUGUAUGAGAAACCUGAGCGAUGGUCUUUUACUUUCCAGUCAUACGCAUGCCUCUGUCGAAUACGAGCUCAGCUUGCUUCUCUCAACGGCAAGCUCAAAGAUGCAGAAAAACCUGUAUUAUUUUUUGAACGAUCUGUGUAUAGUGACAGGUAUAUUUUUGCAUCUAAUUUGUAUGAAUCUGACUGCAUGAAUGAAACAGAGUGGACAAUUUAUCAAGACUGGCAUGACUGGAUGAAUAACCAAUUUGGCCAAAGCCUUGAACUGAAUGGAAUUAUUUAUCUCCGAGCUACUCCAGAGAAAUGCUUGAAUAGAAUAUAUUUACGAGGAAGAAAUGAAGAACAAGGCAUUCCUCUUGAAUAUUUAGAGAAGCUUCACUAUAAGCAUGAAAACUGGCUACUGAAUAGAACAUUGAAAACCAACUUUGAUUAUCUGCAAGAGGUACCUGUAUUGACACUGGAUGUUAAUGAAGACUUUAAAGACAAACAUGAAAGUCUGGUUGAAAAGGUCAAAGAAUUUUUGAGCACUCUGUGAUCUUGCUGAGGACUUCAGACAGCCACAUGGUUCCAGAAACUUCAACUUUGUGUAUCUAUGAAUAUACAAGUCUCUCUGGAAUGCUCAAGUGUUUAACCAUUUUUACUGAAAGAGAAAAAAACUUUUUUAGAUGAAACUUAUGUGAAAAUUUACUGGUAACUUAAAUAUUAUAAAGCAAAUGGUAGUGUGUCCUGUAUAGAUUAGUACAGCUCUUAAAAAAUGAAAAGUGGAAUUUAAGGAAUUCCUAGAAUAAGGAUUCUGAAAUUUUGUUAUGUUUUUUGAUCAAGUGUCUCUCUUUCUACCUUAAUUUAUGUUGAAGGUAAGAUCAGGUUUAGUAUGUAAUCACUUCAUUGAUAUUCAUUAAUGUGUUUAUGACACAUUUAUAGAGGGACGGGUUAGACUUUGUUCCCAGUUUGGUGGUGACAUAAUCUGUCUUAUAAGACCAUCUUUUCUCUGCCUUUGUUUCUUCAUCUGUGGUAUGGGUGAGAUUUCUUUCAUCCUUUUGCGUGGGAUUUUGGCCAAUUAAAGAGGAAAUGUUUCCGUAUUGAAAAGAUAGCCGAAAGUUAUUACAUGAGUAUAAAGUUUCAAUUUACCUUGAACUUAAAAUAUCUACAUGCUUUCUCCCUUCUCAGACCAUUCUUUUCAGAUGCAAAAUGAUUAUUGCAGUUAAAAGAUUUGUUUAAAUUGUGAUUGUCCUUCAGUCAUUUAAGGUGGAUAUGUAGUUUUGCCUAAAUUUCUUCCCGUUUUUAUAGAUAAUGUUAGUGAGACAUAAUGAGAGAUUAGGUUUUCCAUUUUCUCUAUUGUCUUGCACUGGGAAUGAGUAGUUUUUGUUCAUCUUUAUAGUAGAUUUCAUUAGAUUUUCUUCUUAACAGUUUGUUUGGUCCCAGUUCUUAUUUCUUGCUUCAUAUUGCUUUCCAUAUUGUCUGGAUUAAUUAGGCAGCCUGCUAUUUUAAAAGUAAAUAAACUCACAUUUCUACUCUGAGAUUUUUACUACUGUGAUCAGUCUUUAUAAUUUGCUUUGCUUCUCUGUGUUUUUGUGUUAAGUUUUCAUUCCUCAUUUAAGCGAAAUGGUUGGUAAAAAUGAUCUUGCUUUAUAUAUUACGUAUCUUGAAAGUAUUAUCAUUUUUUUUGUUAAGCCUAGAAGGUAUAUAUUAUUGGCAAAGAAGACCAAGUAGAAAGAUUCCUUUAAUAAGACACAUACUUAAUUACUUAUGUGUAAGGUACUAAUGUGAAUAGUUAUACUUUUAAAAAUAUACAUGGAUUCAUCUUAGGUCUAUGUAUAAUUAAAGAGGUUGGGUUGUUUUUUUUUUAAAUUCUCAUUUGUGUCGUUACUAUGUGCAGUGUUUUUUCUUACCUUUCUAAAUAACCUUUUAGAAAAAUUCUGUUUUUUGGAAAUGUGGGCGAGAGUCACUUUUACUUCAAAACUAUUAUUUUUCCUUUUAAAGUGUUCUCUUUUCUUUGAUUUCUUGUUCAAAGGUAAUAAUUUAAUGGGUUAGUCAGUCCAAAUGCACAGAUAUUUGAAAACGGCACUUAAUUUUAAACUGUCUCAUUAUAUUGCAUAGGUUUUUUUUGGUUUGUUUUUAUUUGGCAAAAUGAAUUUGUCUACUUAGUUAAAUAUUUGCUUAUUAGAUAAGUAUAAUCUCAUGAACUUUGGAGCUACAUUCAUUGAAAUUAUUACAUCCUUUUAGACUUAAAAUUUAUUCUACUUUUGAACAAAGCAAUUAUGAAUGUAAAUGGUCCAUCUAAAUUACAUUGAUUCUCUUUUAAGUAGAGACUUGUAAUUAAGUGAUUUUU